AUGCAUAAGAAAUCAGCCCUCAAUCUCGCCAAACAUCUAGAAAUCAUGGAAGCCAUCUCAACCACGCGCAAUACCGACUCACAUGACCUCAAAAUUACGCCAAUCGACUCGUAUCGCACCGAUGAAACACUUGACUCAAGCUCUAUCCCAUCGGUUACGCCACAGCAACUCAUAGCCGAGCUUUCAACCAAGUCAUAUCUACAUCAAUCGCCCGAUGAGCGGACGAGGACACAAACAGAAGCUCUCAACGUCCUUUUGAGCAACCCAUUACCUGACCUAGACCACAUUUCACCUCUUUUUGCUAAUCUCACUGGCUUGAACAUUUUGAUAGCUACAAUCCGACUCUUGAAGAACGACAGCAAUGAAUAUACAGCGGCCAAAAUGGACAAUUUGAAGACAGUCCUGGGAUCGGUCAUGGAUCUGGGAUACGUGGAGUUUCAGAAAGAAUCGAGUUCCGCCUACAAUAGGGAGAUUUCGUCUCUGCUAACUGGAUCGCGUCUCUUCAAUGGUCUGGUGGAAUUCGAAUGGAACAUUGAACAAUAUUUGAAAUGGCUAGGAGGUGUGAUUAUAUCACGUGACAACACGGCAUCGCACGAACUAAUCGGUAUAAUUAUCAUUUCAGCCCUCAAAUUGCACACUAACAACAACUUCAUCUGUUCCUGCAUCUACUCUUCUGCAUUCAUUCAACGACUUGUCACGGUCGCUAAUUACACGAAACCGUUCCAAUUGAAGCAACUGCUCAGUUUCUCCAUGAACUACUUCACUUCUGAAUUUUCUGACGAUGUUCAAAUUGCUCCUCUGGCUGAGCUGUUAACACAGCUGAACAUUCCAGUCAUUGACCUCUUUCGACAAACAAGCACCGUCAACAGCCUGAAUAUGGUCAAGUCUCUACUAAUCUCGGCAUCACGUGACCAGUCGAUUUUCCAGGAGCAGGUCAUGGGUCUUUUCAGUCUAUGGGGGUCGAAAUUGAACAUUUCAAAAUCGCCCGUUGCCCUGCAACGUCAUCAGACAGAAGUGUUAUUCGUGAGUCUGUCUCUGCUGACUAAACCGUUCUUGCAGCAGCUGACUGCGACUCCUGCAUUUCUGGAUGGCAUUACUAAUCAUUUAUCUUCUCCUUCAUCGCGGGUUCGAGAUUUCGGCAUCUUGAUUGGUGAAAAAGUCGCUCAAUAUGGCUCUGUUCCUCUGAAUUUCGGCAUUGAGUCUUCAGAAGACUGGUCUGGGUUGUCCGUUGACAAGAUGGCUGACAAUUCACUAAGGCUUCUGUUUGACGCUGAAGGUGCUGAUCCGGAUGUAAGCAUUCCCGACUCGGAGGCUCCGUCCAUCUUUUCAGAUGUGUUGAGUGAGAGAAGUGCCAAGCCAAACACUCAAAGCAGGUACCAGAAGCUCGGGUUUGAUGUCAGAAGUCACAUGAAGGAUUCUGAUGACGAAGGAGAGGAUUCUGACGAUGAAGACCCCUCGAACAAGACAGUCAGCAAACCAGUGUACAUCAGACAACUUUUGGAGUACUUCAAGGCACCAGACGGCGACGACCAGUACGACAAGCUAGAUAUUGCCCUGAAAACGGCUGCUAGGCUCAUUCUCGAAAAGAGAAAGUAUGGAAACGAGGUCAAGGUGCACGCUAAGGAUCUGGCCAAGGCCCUGGUUCAGUUCAAGGAUAAUUUCGACUUUCCAGACUACCAUAAACAUCGAACCCAGGCAUUGGUGGUGCUGGUGGGCACUCAGCCUGAGAUUGCUCCGUACAUUGUGGAUUUGUUUUAUACGGCAGACAUUAGCAUUAAUGAUCGGCUGUUGUUGUUGACGUCAUUGUCUCUUGGAGCUCGCUUUGUGAAUGGAUUCACUGACACUGUUGAUGUGAAACCAAUGGAGAUGAAGAAGUUGCCAGCAGCUGUUGCAGCUCGUUUCAACGACUUGAAUAUUGGGACCAAGAGUCUCACUGGAACUAGACUUACAGGAACAAGUGGAUUGCUUGAUUUAAAUAACCAGUCAGCUCUGCCAGCUGGAGACGCUUCAGAGGACGGGGUGACAGCUCAGCCACUGAAUAGCGUUUCUUCUGACCUCCAACAGACUCUUCUCUCCCCUACAAUCGCCGAGUCCCGUGAAAGUGAGGCUCUGAACGGCCCUAAAGUGCUCAGAGUCUCUUCUAGUCUCCAGAAACAACGCCAGGGACAAACAAACACCACCAUAACAACCAACCACUUUUCCAAGGUCGCGCAUCUAUUUAUCUUCCCGCUGAUCGACUCAUGGUGGAAAGCAGGUACCGGAAUCAUGGCUGGCUCGUUCUCGUCUAUCAUUCAGGCGCACUAUUUCAAAACUCUCGCUCUUUUGCUGUAUACAGCUGCCCCCAGUGCUCCAAAACUGACCGAUAUGACGUCAGAGCUGCUGGCCAUGCUGCUAAAGCUGCGCUCCUACGUCUACAUUGACGAUCCGCAGGUGAUUGAGUCCGCUUGCACCUGCAUUUUGGUGGUGCUAGACACUCAUUCGGACGAGUACAUUGUGCAAAAGUGGCCUCGUGAGUUUGUCGAUCUCCAGAAAUGGCUGGAAGAUGUCUGGGAGGGAGUUAUCGAUGAGAGGGUCAAGGGAGUGGCUGCAGGAGUGUUAUACCAGAUGAAAAAGUUGGGCGAAAAAUGGAGGAGGUCGCUGGUAGCAUACUAA